UGAAUGAUGGAUGCUGCUCACCCAGACUUGAGCAUAAGCUGUUCGUUUUCAAUGUCUUGUGCAAUACAGUAAUAGGUUAAGCACUAUAGUCAUACAGUCACUAAUGACUAAUGUGGACAUAUGUAGUCAUUGUGAUGGUAAAGACCUCAUAACACUGAUACAUCGGCCAUUCAAGAAUGUUCAGCAUUAAGCAAGGCAAGAAUGUUAAUUCCGAAACAUGGACAUGAGCCAUGGCAACACAUACCGACUCCUAACAUGAUUUUGGUUCAAUAAUGUUUCUCUCUGCCAUAGAUAAUGAAGUAGAUGGGCCUACACUUCUCCAGAUGUCUGAAAGAAUGAGUGAGCGAAUCUUUCCAAAAAUGAAAGACCAAGUGAAGUUCCUGUCUGCUUUAGCGCAGCUGAAAGUCAGUGAAAGCGAAGCCCCUGUGAGUCAGAGAGCCCUAGCAGCCCAACCAAUGAUCAACUGCCAAGUCCGGUUUCCUCCAACAGUCUUCACGGCACUGACCAACAAGGAUGCAGCUCUGUUUGACCAUUUGAGCCAAGACACAAUGUAUCCGUCUCAUAUUCAGUAUGAGCAGCUCUUUAAGUCUGUCCUGCUCAACUUCCCUUUUCUGAAGGAAAGUUAUGGAUCUGGAUAUCAAACAGAUGCAAUGGAUGCUGGGGACGACGAAAGAAGUACGAGCCACCAUAUUGCAACAAUGAAGCAGGAGUGCCAAAAGAUGAGGCCUAACUUGGUCAUCAUUCGCCAAUGCCUCCAGAGAGUACAGAAGACACUAUAUUCAACAACACUCUCCUGCAGAGGUCUUAAAAGAAUUCACCUGCUUCUCUAUUCCAAUCUUGGCCUGUUGGUGAAUGCAGCCAUACUCCUCCUACCAUCGGUCUUCAAAGAAAAUGCAUCACAGCUCUUUGCAAUAGAUAAGGAACCACUAAGCCCAACACCCACAAUUGUCCUGAGCAGCAGCGAUGGCAAGCCCCUGAGUGACAGCACAGAUGUUUUUGUAGCAGUGGAUGGACAAAAAAUGAUGGUGGACAAUGAAGACGCAGACGGUUCAUUGGCCAUGGGUGUUGUGUUGGCCCUCUAUCAUCUGAAAAAAACAUUUCGUUUUUGGAGGCAUUUAUCCUGAAGCUGGACACACGGGUACCUGUAGCUGUGCAGAGUGGCAAAUGCUCUGAACAUUUCUUAGAUAGGACACUGCAGCACAUGGAUUACAUUGUAUAGAGUUGAUUUCUGACAAUAAAGUGAAGUGCAGUACA